AUGGAAGACGGAGACAAGAUUCCAACCUGGAACUCGGUGACUGAGCCAGGUCCCCCUAUUAACGCAAAAGUACAGGCUGGCUACGACAAUGCGGAGAGGAAUGAGCCUGAAGGGCCGACAGACAGCCAUGUCUUGUCGCAGGUUGAGCCAGAGGAGAAAGGCAUUAUUCAAAAGAUGGGCGACACGAAUGAUAUUAGUGAUGUCGGUUGGACAAAUCUCGAGCAUCACCGCGAGCAACUGAUCGCAGGCCUUUCGAACGAAGAUGCCUUUAUGCUGAUUCGGCGAUUCAACAAGCAAGUGUACAAUGUCAAAGCUGUCUCGAAGGCCCCUUUGCAAAAUCUUGAUCUGACGCGCACGGAUGAAGACGAGUUCUCGCCUGAUAAGCUGCGUGCAACAAUCGAACGCUUUUACACAACUGUCGUCGUAAAGCUAACGAGCGGCGUCAAACACAUCGCGCGGCUGCGAUCGUGGAGGGAACCUAGACGGACGGCCGCCUUCUGUGCAGUUUACGCUAUUGCUUGGCUCUUGGAUCUUCUGUUGCCCACAUUCUUUGCUGGUCUGAUACUUCUGAUUGUUUACACACCGGCGCGAGCCGUGAUGUUCCCACCAGCACCUAUUGCUUUGGUGAACAAGGACACCGGUGGAGUACAAAAACCCAAAGCUGGGAUGCUCGGCUCCAAGGACAGUAUCACUGGCGCCCCACAAAGCUACAAGGGCGAGGCAGCCGAGCGAGAAGCGAGUAAUUUAGUGGCCGGUAUCGCCAGCGUUGCAGUGGGUAGUGCGGUCGGGAAGCACGAGCAAGGAGUUCCAGACGAGGCACCUCUGGAAGAUGAUGUUCCCGAUGCGUCGGAAAUGGUAUUCCAAUCCGCGGAUGCUCAAAGCAAAGCACACGGACACGAACCCUCCGAGCAUCAUGACAAAACCCGCCAACCGAUGAAACAGUCCGUGAUGGAGGGAGCCAACAUGAUGAUGUCGAUCGUGACCGAACUUACGGAUACGUUUGAGAAAUUUGAGAAUGCCUUAUCACCUACGCCACCAUUUCCAAUUCAGACACCUCGCCUGCGACUGGCAGCGGCCUUAGUCCCUGCUUGCAUUCUCUCGCUCUGUACCUCAGUCUAUGUCUUUCACAAGGUAGCUGGACUAGGUGUGGGUCUGGGCUUCUUUGGUGAUCCUCUCAUCAACCGUGGCCUCGCCAUAUUGAACGAAAAGUAUCCUCACUGGCAGAGACUGCUGAAGCCUCAAAACUCCAUAUUGAAGGGAAUCCCCACAAAUGCACAGCUGACUCUUACCCUCCUGCGUAUUGGGGAGAAGAACGCCUCGCCUUUGCCACCUCCCCCUAGCUCACAUCCCCACGACACUGCUCGACGGGCCUCGAUAAAGGAAGAGGAACGUACUUUGGCCGCCACAGACGCAGAGAUUGACCAUGCAGCGACUCCUCAGGCGCCACAAGAGCCGGCAAACAGUGAAGACUCGUCCGAAGCACCUCGCAAGAAGUCCCUUGGAUCCAAGAUUGUGGGCUUUUUCCGAGGUACUACCAGAACUGGCGUUGAAAGUAAGCAAGCUGUGGAUCGCGCGCGGGCAGUUGUUGGCUCUCAUCAUGCCAAGAAUCGAAUUGGUGUGCUGCACACCAAGGGAGCCCCUCCAACGCCAAUUGGACCGACCAAGUUCAGUGCGCGAUACAAGGGCCACCGUGGAGCUGUCAUUCUCGACUCGACCAUGACGCCCCCUACACUAUACUUUACUACCGAUGUUCCCGAAAGCGAUGAUAUCUCGCCACUGGACCGCAAGAAGGGGUCUGUACUGUUCAGUAUGCCCAUCUCCGACAUCCAGGAGAUGAAAAAGCUUGGAGGCAUGGGUUGGAAGGGUAAAUUGGUAGUAGGAUGGGCGAUUGGUGAAAAGGAAGUGAUGGAUGGCAUACUUCUUGGGGGCAAGUACCCGGGACAGUCUUACCGGUUGACUGCCAUGAAGAUGCGCAACGAGCUCUUCAACCGGCUGAUUGCCAUCGAUGGACAGGUUUGGGAGAGCUUUUGA